ACACCGAUCACCCGCGUUAUUGUCAGCGACCAGAAAACUAGAAAUUGUCACAUUGGGUUUCAAUAUGGAAUGUUUGACAUUAGAUUUCGGCCCGUUUGAAGCCGUUCACCGCUGGAGGAGAAUGCCAGAGUGUGAUGAAUUUGUUGGGGCGAGACGAAGCAAGCACACAGUAGUGGCCUAUAAGGAUGCCAUAUACGUCUUUGGUGGUGACAAUGGCAAAAACAUGCUGAAUGACUUGUUGCGGUUUGAUGUUAAGGAUAAAUCUUGGGGCAGGGCAUUCACCACAGGGACUCCGCCAGCUCCCCGAUAUCACCAUUCUGCUGUUGUUCACGAAGAAAGCAUGUUUGUAUUUGGUGGGUACACAGGUGAUAUCCAUUCUAAUUCGAACCUGACCAAUAAAAAUGAUCUGUUUGAGUACAGGUUUGCCAAAGGACAAUGGGUCGAGUGGAAAUACGAAGGAAGAAAGCCUGUGGCUCGAGCAGCUCAUGGUGCUGCAGUUUACGAUUGGAGACUGUGGAUAUUUGCAGGAUACGAUGGAAACACGAGACUUAAUGACAUGUGGACAGUUCCACUGAAUGGUGAACAAAGACAGUGGCAAGAGGUAGAACAGAGAGGAAAUAUUCCUCCCACCUGCUGCAACUUUGCUCUGGCAGUGGCUAGGGAUUCCAUGUUUGUGUUUUCUGGGCAGAGUGGAGCUAAAAUUACAAACCAUCUCUUCCAAUUUAAGUUCAAGGAAAAUGAAUGGACAAAGAUUUCCACAGAGCAUAUUCUUAGAGGUGCCCCGCUCCCACCAGAGAAGAGAUAUGGACAUACUAUGGUAGCUUUUGACAGACACCUUUACGUAUUUGGUGGAGCAACAGGCCAAACACUGCCCAAUGAACUCCACAGUUUUGACCUGGAUUCACAGACCUGGUCCAUCACUGAGCCAGCAGUAAACAGCCAGGUGCCGGCUGGCAGACUUUUCCACGCUGCUGCUGUUGUGGAUGAUGCCAUGUAUGUUUUUGGUGGAACAGUUGACAACAUUGUCAGAAGUGGAGAAAUGUACAGAUUUCAGUUUUCUAGAUAUCCUAAGUGUACUCUUCACGAGGACUUUGGAAAGUUGUUAGAAAGUCGGCAGUUUUGUGACCUUCACUUUGUUGUUGGAAAGGAUGGAUCCCGGGAGUCAAUACCUGCACACAUAGCGUUGGUCGCGGCCAGAUCCUCAUGGCUGUCAGAGAAGAUACGUACAGCUAAAGAGCAGCGGUUUCUGGAGGAGGCCACCAGUUCAGACCCUAUACAGGUGAUUUUGCCAGAUGCGAAUCCUACAGCACUGAAGUUAGUCCUCUCAUACGUCUACACAGACAAGAUACUACCAACCAAAGAAGGUCAAGACUUUAACAGUAAUGAAGUCAUUCUUCUGAUGAUGGAUGUGUAUAGACUAGCUCUUCAGUUUCAAAUGUCGCGCUUGGAACAGUUAUGUGUACAGUAUCUGGAGACGUGCAUUGGACUGAAGAAUGUGCUGGUAGCUCUUCAGAAUGCUUCAAAGAUGGACCUGGAUUUCCUUAAAGAGUACUGUCUGAAGUUUAUAGUGAAGGAGAGUAACUGUAGUCAGAUUGUGAACAGUACAGAGUUUGAGAGUUUGGAUAAACCAUUAAUGGUGGAAAUCAUUCGAAGGAAGCUAGCCCAGCCUCACCACAUCCGACUGCCUGUGGAGGCACAUAAUGAUGCAGUUAUUAAUAACUCUUUGGAGCAUGAUCUAGAGGCCUUUCUGAAGCGAGAUGGUGCAGAAUUCUGUGACAUCACUCUGAUGUUAGAUGACACGCCCAUCCCAGCCCACAAGGCCAUCUUAGCAGCCCGGUGUAACUACUUCGAGGCCAUGUUUAGGUGGAAUGACCCGGAAAAUCAAACAGUCAGAAUUGCUAUUGGUGAAAUGGUUCCGUCACAACAAGCCUUUGACAGUCUCCUUCAGUAUAUUUAUUUCGGAGAUGUAACCAUGCCCCCAGAGGAUUCCCUCUACCUUUUUCCUGCCCCCUAUUUCUAUGGCUUUACAAACAACAGAUUGCAGGCCUACUGCAAACACAACCUGGAGAAGAAUGUCUCAGUUCAAAAUGUCGUACAGAUUUUAGAGGCUGCAGAUAAGAUUCAGGCUGUUGAUAUGAAGAAGCAUGCACUCAGGUUAAUCGUUCAUCAUUUCCCAAAGGUUGCUAGGCAACCAGAAUUAGGACGACUCAAUAAAGAUAUGCUUUUGGAGAUCAUUGCGGCAGUUGCAGAUGACAGACGGGAAUCCAGCUUAAAGCAUGAACUGUCCUCCAACAAAACUGGAAUAGGACUAGAGGAGUGCUUGGAAAUUUUAAAACUGGUCAAUGGAGGACCUACCAGUGCCAUUGGAAGCAGAAAACUCCACACAUCAAAACCAGCUGUUUCAGCCUUACAGAGACUUCAGGAGGAACAGGCUUUGCCAUCUAUCAUCACUUUCUCGGAGAGCCUUGACAAUAUGCUCGGAGGGGGUGUACCCCUUUGUAAAAUUACUGAGUUCUGUGGAGCACCGGGAGUUGGCAAAACUCAAAUAUGCAUGCAAAUAGCAGUGGAUGUCCAAAUCCCAGAACAGUUUGGAGGUUUAGAGGGGGAAGCAAUUUAUAUCGAUACAGAAGGCAGUUUUAUAGUGGAAAGACUAGAGGACAUCACUAAAGCCACAGUCAGUCACUGUCAGGAAAUAGCCAAGCAACAGGACCUCAAAGGUGAUGAUUUUUCGGUGGCCUCUGUGCUGUCCAGAGUCCACUACUACAGAUGUCACGACUACGUGGAACUUCUAGCAACAGUACACCUCCUACCAGAAUUCAUCAAACAACAUCCAAAGGUUAGAGUUGUACUUGUGGACAGCGUUGCCUUUCACUUUCGACAUGACUUUGAUGAUUUAUCGCUAAGAACAAGACUCCUAACAGCAAUGGCUCAGAACUUUAUCAAACUGGCUACAGAGUUCAAGAUUGCAGUGGUUUUGACUAAUCACAUGACCACGAAGUUUAGUGUGGGAGAAGAUUCUCGCUUGGUACCUGCUCUGGGAGAGAGUUGGGGACAUGCUAGUACAAUUCGUGUCAUCCUGUACUGGGAGGGGCAAAAAAGAUGGGCGUGGCUGUACAAGUCCCCUAGUAAACAGGAGAGCAGAGUGCCAUAUCAAAUCACAAUGGGCGGAGUGAGAGAUAUAGUCACACCUAAAACUGACAACACAGAACAGGAUUGUGAGGAGCCCUCCUCCAAAAGGCAGAAACACCAUGAGAUAACAGAAAGGGAGCAAAUGCAAUGGACCAGACUGGGAUUUGAAACCGCACCCCCUGAAUCUCUAAGUACAGUUAUUCUACAGCCGCUGGCGGUUACAGUGGAUAUGGACAGUCAACUGAUGCUAGUGCUUAUGGACAACAGCAAGGAGUUUAUGGACAGACAGCAACACAAGGCUAUCAGCAGCAAGGUUACACAGGGUAUGACCAAAGUGCUUAUGGACAACAAGCUGGACAGACUGCAGCUGCCCAAACCACUGCAUAUGGACAGCCAGCUACUCAAGCGUCAUAUGACACAUCAGGAGGAUAUGGGGGCCAACAGUAUGGUCAGCAACAGCAGAGUGGAUAUGGUCAGCAGACAAGUAAGUUAUCAGACCCAGUCCCAAGGAGGAGGAGCAGGGUCAUAUGGUGGCCAGAGUGGUGGAUACGGACAGCAGGGAGGGGGUUAUCAAGCCCAGGCAUCGGGUGGUGGGUCAUAUGGGGGACAAAGUGGGGGUCAGACUGGCAGCUAUGGAGGGGGACCACAGUCUGGGGGUGGUGGUUAUGGAGGAGGAAGUUAUGGAUCUCAGGAUAACUACAGACAAGACAGGGGCGGGGGAUAUGGUGACCGAGGGGGCAUGAGAGGUGGUCGAGGUGGCAGCAGAGAUAGUGGUAGCUAUGGUGGUGGUAGAGGAGGUUUCAACAAAUUUGGUGGAGACAGAGGCAGGGAUGAUCGUGGUGGUGGCAGUGGGGAAAUUGUGGAGAUGGUAGACACCAUCUUUGUGUCAGGCCUACCUGAGGAUAUUGUUGAAGAUGGUCUGGUUCAACACUUCGGCAGCAUUGGUGUUAUAAAGACUGACAAGAGAACUGGAAAACCUAAAGUAUGGAUCUAUAAAGAUAAGAACAGUGGUCGACCAAAGGGAGAAGCCACAAUCACGUACGACGAUUCUGAAACGGCAAAGGCAGCAAUUAAUUGGUUUAAUGAAAAAGACUUUGGUGGUAAUACAAUAAAAGUGGAGAUUGCUACAAGGAAGAUGAACAAUAACUUUGGAGGUGGAAGAGGGGGGAGAGGAGGAGGAUUUGGCCGUGGAGGUGGAGGUGGUGGUGGUGGCGGCGGUGGUUCCAGAGGAGGUAGAGGAGGAUACGGAGGAGGUGGUGGUGGCGGCGGUGAUGGUGGCAGAGAAGGAGAUUGGACCUGUCCAAAUGAUGAAUGUGGAAAUAACAACUUUUCAUGGAGGAACAACUGUAAUCGAUGUAAUGCCCCCAGACCAGGAGGUGGAGGAGGAGGAGAUGAUGAUGGAUACCGUGGUAGAGGAGGAAUGAGAGGAGGCCGAGGUGGCUUUGACAGGGGUGGUCGCGGUGGUGGAGGUGGUUUUGGCGGUGGACGUGGUAGAGGCGGGGGAUUUGGUGACAGAGGUCGCGGUGGUGGUGGAUUCCGAGGAGGCCGAGGUGGUGGAGACAGAGGAGGUGGAGGCAGAGACAGGGGAAUGGGCAGGCAAGACAGAAGACCAAAGCCAUACUAGUUCAGUGAUGGAUUUCAUUCUACUUUAAAUGAGCAUUGUUGCAUUUAAUCAUGUCUCAUUUUAUAGGAUUUUUUUUAAAUUUUAUUUUCAUCUUUUAAUUACUGACAGUUUGCUUAUACAUGUAUCAUCACAACCAUUUUGUUAAUAAAUCAUUUCAUUUUGAAUCCAUUUUGAGUCUGAAAUACUUUGUACAUAUGACUUGUAUUCAUUGAAUUUACAGGAAAA